UCAGAGCAGGGUCUUCCUUCAAUCAAAGGAUCGACGGUUCCAUCCCCGGAUCCGCUAUUCCAUGUUGAUGUGUCCUUGGGCAAGACACUUAACCCCGAUUUGUCCCCGCAGGCGGUUCCUGCGGUGUGUAAAUGAGUAUAAAUGGUUAGGUAGUCCUGAUGGGCAGGUGGCACCUUGCAUGACAGCCUCGGUCAUCAGGGUGUGAAUGAUGACAAGAAACGUUUAAGCGCUUCAAGUGGCCAGAACACUAGAAGAGCGCUUCACAAGUACAGUCCAUUUACCAUUUACAUAUGACAUAUUUCAAGUUUAUUUUUCCUCUUCUUAUAUCACAGAGAUCAAGCAGAUUUUAAAGAUAAAAUAGUGAUAUUGCCUCUUGUUAUGUUGCACCUGGGCCUUUUCCCUGCUGCAGGGAAAAUACGUAGCACCAUAAGAAAGAGUCUCUGAGGUGAAAUCCUGCUGUAGCUCGGUGAUGAAUUCUUUCCUUCGCCUUUUAAAGCCUUCCGCUGGCUUUUUGGCUUGUCCUUGUGCGUCCUGUAAAUUGUUCAUCGUGAUAUAUUAAGUGUGGCCGUGUGUGUGUGUGUGUGUUUGUGUGUGUAAGAAUUAGGUUUAUUUACUGGGUUGAGUUGCUGAAAUAAACCCUGCAGUGCGAUAUUUCUCUCAAAACACACCAGAGCAUCGAAUGAUGAAGCACAGGGGAAGAGGCUGCGGUGGGUAUUGAUGUGUAAUGCCCUUGGACCGAAGCGAAGAUGGUGAAACGGAAUGAAAGGAAAGCAUUCACUCCCCUCUUAACUCAAGGUUAUACUUUACAGGAGCUAUAUCCGUCCGUGUUGUCAAUGGUACGCUUAGUUAAUGCGCUUUAUGCGUCUGCUGCAAACCAUUACAAAAAAAGCAUCUAAAUCACAUCUGUCUGUCGACUUUGAAGCUUCCCAACUAUUUGCCAGUAUUUUUCCGAGGCGAACGCGGUAUUUUCACGGCUUACCCACAACUUCUGAGCCGGCAGGAGGCUGGCGUUUGGCAGUCGCUUGUAAACACAGCACAGAAUGAGCCCUCAGCGAUCGGGACCCCCGCCAGCUCGUGGAAGUGGCAGCGGAUCAUCCUCGCUUAAUAGUCUCUCAUAAUCCUCUGUGAAUGUCUGAUGUUGUCCCCCGAGAGGAGCGAGACUAAGGCAUGUAUUUGCAAUCAGCGUGCAUUAAUGGCUGACGGUUUAACUGCUGCCAUAACUGUAAUAAACCAACCCACUGUUUGCAAUGCUGAAUGGAAGCAAAUUGAGAAGUUUGGAGUGUUGUUUUCCUCCUCUGACUCUCUUUCUUUCCCCCCCCACUGCUGCUCGUCAUUGCCACAGGAAGUCGAGGAUGACUACAUCAAAAACAUUGAGGAGAACGUUGGCUCUGAUGAAACCGUGGACACCACCAAGGACCCGUGCCAGAAUGUGAAGUGCAGCCGCCAUAAGGUGUGCGUCGCCCAGGGCAACCAGAGGGCCAUGUGUGUCAAUCGCAAGAAACUGGAGCACAGAGGCAAACAGUCCGAGCAUCUCGAGGCUCAUGAAACCAGCUGCAAGCUGUGUCCUGUCGCUGCCUCCUCACCUGUGUGCGGCUCUGAUGGACACAACUACGCCUCUGAGUGUAAACUGGAGCAGCAGGCCUGCCUCACGGGCAAAGAGCUGAGCAUCAUGUGUGCUGGCUUCUGCCCCUGCGCCACAGCUCCCGUCACCCUCUCAAAUACUGACACGAAACGUGAGAGCUGCACUGGCCAGGACCUGGCAGACUUGGGAGACCGUCUGAGAGACUGGUUCCAACUCCUUCACGGAAACGCGAAGCAGAAUAACUCUGGCAAGCUCAGGGCUGGCACCGCUUCAGUGCUUGACAAGAGCCUUGUAGCCAGCUGCAAAGACUCCAUCGGCUGGAUGUUCUCGAGGCUGGACACUAACAGCGACCUGUAUCUGGACCAGGCUGAGCUGGCUGCUAUUAACCUGGACAAGUACGAGGUCUGCAUCCGACCCUUCUUCAACUCCUGUGACAGCUACAAGGAUGGGAAGGUCUCUACAGCAGAGUGGUGCCUCUGCUUUUGGAGAGAAAAGCCGCCGUGCCUCGCCGAGCUGGAGAGGAUCCAAGUGCAGGAGGCGGCCAAGAAGAAGCCCGGGAUGUCCAUUCCUAGCUGCGAUGAGGACGGCUACUACAGGAAGGUUCAGUGUGACCAGAGCCGAGGGGAGUGCUGGUGCGUCGACCAGCAUGGAGGAGAGAUGAUGGGCACCAGAGUCCACGGCAACCCUGACUGCGAUGAAGUAGAGGGAUAUUCUGGAGAUUUUGGGAGUGGAGUGGGAUGGGAGGAUGAAGAGGAGAAGGAGGCAGAGGACACCGGAGAGGAGGCGGAAGAGGAGGAGGAGGAGGAGGGCGAGGCGGACGAUGGAGGAUACAUCUGGUAGAAUUGUCUGACCCCACGCGGAGAGCCGUGUCGUAGCCACUGGCCUGAAAAUCUCCAGGGAUGGCUCUCUCUUCAAAGCAAAAGAUUUUGGGAUCGGACCUGGGAGGCAUAGAGUUGUGUAUCAUUCUGGUGGCAUAUGUGGUGCUGGUCAGGUCCAGGGAUGAGACAGAUGACCAGUUUUUGUCUUAGAUAUGUGUAACUGCUUCAUUCUCUUGACUCCGUUUUUUGAGCAAGAGAGCUUUUUGUUUUGCCGUCCUGAGAAGGACCCACUGACUACUGCACCAUAGGUAGCUAAAGUCCAUCAGACUAUCUUGUCCAACCGCCAUCUAUGCAUAUAGAGAUUACCAGUGAUUUUGUAUUGUGUGAACAAUUGCUUGAGUGUUAGAGUCGCCGUCCCACUGGAGUGACUAGAGAUCAGAAUUGAAAUCGUUCGACAUUUUGAGAAACGUGCUUGUUGGCUUGCCAAAUGUUCUGAGAAACUCGAGACCACUCUGUUGAAUGUGGAGCCAGAGCGCGGAGACGCGAAUGUUGGAAACAGUCUGUCAGAAGGUAAAAAAAAAAUCAAAUCAGACCGAACACAACCUCCGAACCCUACGAGAUAACAUCUUAUAUCAUUUGUUCAAUCCGUACAAAAACACACAGCAUAACAACAACAUGUUGUGUUAUUAUAAAGACUUUCCAGCAAGUCAUUCGGCAGGAAAAUAUAUAGUCCGGCUGAUAACAUCUCGUAAAAAUGCCAAUUCUUGAUGUAGUUUUUGGACAGAUUAAGCAAACAAAACUGCUUCCUCCUGGUUUCAGUGUUUAGGAAAUGAUAUUUCACUGAUGUGUUCACAGUUUAUCUCUGCUGCCUUAAAGUGGCCAAAAGAAAGAGCUCAGCUAACCUUCUCUUGGCCGUGGCUUCGUAUUUACCGGACAGACAAGAGAGUUGAAUACAUGUUCUCGAAACAGAUGGCAAAUAAGCAUAUUUCCCAAAAUGCCAAUUUAUUCCAUUUAUUAAGCAGUUCAGUGCAAUGUGGCUAUGUAUGUCCAAACUGAUUCUGUAUAUAAAUUCAGCGCAAAUGAUCUAUGAAGCGAGCUUCGAGGAUUUCAGGUAGCCACGGUUUCAAGCUACUUUUAUGAUAAUGUGCACCACAGCUCAUCGAAGUUUUUAAAUCUUACUUACGAAUAAAGUGGAUCCACACAACUAUAAAGGACCUACAUUUCCAGUUGGAUUACUUUUAUUGAAAAACUGUAGAAUGUACUACAACGGCCCAAACUACAGUAGAAACCACCCGUCGCUGUCCUCCGCUAACGCUGAAAUCAUGAUAAAGAAUGUGCCACAACUAUGUUUUAUUAUGGGUUUGCAACUGGAAAAACUGUAUUUUGUGUUUAUAAAAAGAUGUGUUCAUUACUUGAAGUUCUGUGUGUAUACUUGAAUUCACAUUGUAAUUUUUUUCUAUGAUGAUAUCGUUGCCAUGUCUUCAUUCAUGCUAUUGGUAGGCCAGACAUGUGGUUGUUUUUAGUAUUGCAUGUUAGUAAAUAAGAAUGUACUUCUAGGCUGAGCACUUUACUAAUAAAGGCACUGGAGCCAAACUGUA